AUGGACCGGCGGUGUGCGCGCGCGGUCAAGCGCAGCCCGGCGGCGCAGCUGCUGCCCUUGACGGUGGCGCUUCUGCUGGCGACGGCUCCUGCCGCCGCGGACCCCGGAGACAAGAGCCAGGCCAAGUGCAAGGAGUACGCGAGGGCGGUCUUCGUGGAGUCGGAGGCCCCGGUGCUUCUGCCGCGCGCCCUGCCCACCAGGGAAAGCGUCUGCGGCAUCGUGGGGGUGCCGCUGAUCGUGGGCGGCGUCAAGACGGGGCCCCGAGAGUUCCCGCACAUGGCGGUGAUAGGCUACGGAGAUGAGGAGGAGAUUGACUGGAUGUGCGGCGGCUCCCUCAUCAGCGAGACGUAUAUCUUGACUGCUGCUCACUGCCUCAACAGCCAUGAGAAGGGCCCGGCGCGCUGGGCGCGACUGGGGGACGUGAACCUGGAGGGCAAGAACCGGGACGCGAACCCGCAGCAGGUGGCGGUGGCGGAGCGCGUGGCGCACCCGGGCUACAGGCCGCCCAGCCGCUACGACGACGUGGCGCUGCUGCGCCUCGACCACCCCGUCCACUUCGACGCGUACACGCGGCCCGCCUGCCUCCACGUGCAGCCCGACCUGCCCGCCGCCGUCGGCGUCGCCACCGGCUUCGGCAAGAUCGACUUCGCCAGCAAGACGACGAGUAAAGACCUGCUAAAGGUGCGGCUGCCGUUCAUCUCGUACGCCGACUGCGAGGCCGCCUUCAGCGCGGACAGGGGCAGCCGCAAGCUGCGGGACGGCAUCCGCGGGGACUCCAUGCUGUGCGCGGGCGACAUGAAGGGUGGCAAGGACACCUGCCAGGGCGACUCUGGCGGGCCGCUGCAGGUGCCGCUGCACGAGCCCUACUGCAUGUACGGCCUGGUGGGCGUGACGUCAUUCGGCAAGUUCUGCGGCUUCGAGAACUCGCCGGCCGUCUACUCGCGCGUCUCGCACUACGUGCCCUGGAUAGAGUCCAUCGUCUGGCCCUGAGCGCCGGCCGAGGCGCGCGCCACGGUGCAGGAUUCCAUCGUGACUUCUCUGAAAGUCACAUCGACGUACGUCAGAAGUAGCGUCGACUCUUUGUUUCUCAACUACAGUACAUGACUAGCAUAGCAGCGCAUUAUAACUACCAUUAAAUGGCGUAGCAUAUUGUGCUAAACGAGGAAUAUAACUAGUUGUUUUAAUGUAAACAAUGUUGUCCUUUGAGCAAGAGUGUAGUGUAAUGAAAUAAAUAUCAAGAAAUGUAGCUAAGGCUUUAAUUCUAGUACAGAUUAUAUUUCUACAGUAACGCAGCUUAAUGAAUCAUUUUCCGAUGUAUUUUCUCUGUUGAAACCAAU